CGCCUGCGCCCUACUCGCUGCCAGAGCCCAUGGCGCCGCCUCGGCCAAGUCGGGUCCUGCGGUGCUGCAGCUGUCAGCUGUUUCAGGCACACCAGGUGAAAAAGAGUCUCAAAUGGACAUGCAAGGCUUGUGGAGAGAAGCAGUCCUUUGUAAGGGCUUACGGUGAGGGUUCUGGUGCUGACUGCAGGCGCCAUGUCCAAAAACUAAAUUUACUGCAGGGACAAGUUUCAGAGCUGUCAUCACUCAGGUUGCUGGGAGAAGCCACAGGUGCCAGCAGAGAAAGAUCAGGACCUUGGCAGGCCGACAGUGGGAGUCUACAGGGAAAAUCCCAGCCGUUGGAGUCCCGCUGGCUGAAGUAUCUGGAUAAGGAGCCAAAGCUGGGAGAAGGAGACCUCCAGACACAGCCCACAGCCAGUGUGGAACAGACUAACCCACCCUUCAGUCCAGCCCAGCCCAGGAAGAGGAAAUGGAGCCAGGGCACAACUCAGACUUCAUGUUUCCUGGAUGUGCAGGACUUGGACAAUGCAGAGGGCACCUUGGAAUGCCAGGGUUCCAGUGGCCUGACUAUGGCACAACAAAGCAGCAGCCACUGUCUUGGAAUUGCACACUGCCACCCCAAGGAGCUUGAUUUUCCUCAAUGGAAACUACCAAGUCCUGCCCUGCAGGUUAAGGCCCCAUCUUCUAAAUGGGCACGAUUUCUCCUGUCACCUGGAGACAGUUCACAUGUGGACACAGAAUCAUCAAGAAGACCACUGCAUUGGAUCUCCAAGCCAGCAGAUCCAACACAAGAUGAACAAGGGACCCCUGAGACCAAGACCCCACAGGAAGGCCACCUCAAUGGGUCCCCCACCACUCUCCACAUUCCAUGGACCACUUGUGCUCCCACAUCCAAUCUUGAGGGGUCCAACAGAAAAAUUCCUGAGCUAUCAUGGAGCACAUGGACUACUCAGACAGAGAGUGGGCCCUUAGCACACAGUGUACACCAGGCCCCACCCAUGGAUCUGCACAACCUCUUUGUAACAGGGGAGGAUUUUGAGGAGGAUCUGUAAGCUGUCAUUACUAUAGCAUUCACUUAGGUCCCAUCUUCCAUGCCAUAGAAGCGAGGUGUCUGGAGAGAUGGCUUGGUGGUUAGGCUCUUAGGUUUGAUUCUCCAGGACCAAUGUAAGCCAGAUGCACAAAGUGGCACAUGCAUCUGGAGUUCAUCUGCAGUGAUUGGAGGCCCUGGUGUGUCCAUUCUUUAUCUGCUGCUCUCAUAAAAAGUUUCAAAAUAAAAAGCAUUUUCCUGAUAAGCUUUAUAACCUCAUGUUCCUCAGUAUCCACAUCAAGCCAGCUGCACAUUCAUUUGGAAUUUGUAGCAGCCAGAGUUCCUGGCACAUCCAUUCUGUCUCUGCCUGCAAAUAUUUUUUUUUAAUCAAUGAGAAUGACCAAAAGUUAACAUUCUUGUCAAACACUUCUGUCAGUACAAUAAAGGCCAUAGGUUUGAUUAAA